AAGUCUCGUUUUGGCCUUGUCAUCAAUGUAAACAAAUGUUGCAGAAAAGUGAAUGGACCGGUGUUACACAUUCUUUUGUUGUUGUCAUUUGCGAUGUAAAGGGAAUGCGCAUUCCAAUCAUGUCUGACAGUCAUUUAAUUGAGAAAUUUAAGGCGAUAUCUUACAAUUUGAAAGGAAAUUAUAAUUUCAAACAGGCCCACACAUGUGAAAAAGUCAAAACAUAUCCCAAUUGACUUCGGAAAUUAGAUCCGUUCAUCAGAAUGACAUAAACAUUUGGUGUGCUUUUUUCAUUAUUAUUUUUCAAUAUUUCCGUUUGGAUGUUUCCUGAAUUUUAGCAACAUGUUUUAUUAUUUAACCGUUAUUUACAUCUGUGUUUAUAUGGUGCAGCGGAAUUUAAUUGUUAACUGUCAAUCAACAACAGCUGAUCCAAGUGUGUCCCUGCAACCGAGUAGUGUGUUUGGUUUGGCCCUCACUAACACUCAGUCACCUGCACAGUUUAAUAGCUUGCUUACUAAAUCUGUAGAUAAUAUAAUAACAGAGUCUAUGCAUGAGACAUCUCAGUUGACAAUCUCAAGCAGUACUUCAACACAACAGAAAAUCUCAACUAGUUUUAGCGACUCAUCCCAAGCAACUGGUGUGAUAAAAAAUUCAGAUUUAGUGAAACAGUUGAGCAGUUCUAUCAACGAAAAUGAUAUUGUGUCAUCCAAAACAAUUUCAAGUGAUACUCUGUCUGAAAAAUCAAAACUAGUGGAUCAGUCAUUAGCCUUAGGUUCUAGUAUUAAAAGUUUGUAUGUAAGUACAUCAAAUGAUGUUUACAGUAGUUCUACAAGAUCUUUAGGAACUGCUGAUUUGACUACUUCAUUAAAAGAUGUGCCGCAAAUAACAGUCAGCCAUUUGUCAAUGGGAAAUGAUCUUUCACUUUCAUCAUCAUCAUCUUCAUCUAUUGUCAUGGUUACUAAUAGUGUAAAUACUGCAGAUAUCAUCCAAACAUCUUCAACAUCAGAAUCAAAUAAUGCUGCAGUGUCUACUCACAAUUUUUCAGCUGUCAAGGAAACAUCACAAAAUGUAGCUGUAUCAAAUUUUGCUCAAACAAGUGAUCUGACUUUGAUGUCUUCCAUUUUUUCAGGGGAGAUAAGUAUGGCGCAAAGUAAAGCUAGUGACUUUACAGCAACGUUUGGUACUAAUAUUUUACCAACGUCAGUAUUGGAAUCAAAAUCAGCCGUCUCUAUUGAAAUCUCAUCAACUAGACAAACAUUUAAAUCUGAACAUAUGCUUAAAAGCAGUAUGGGAAUAGUUUCUAGUGAUGCGACACACACUAUUCAAACUUCAGAAAGUUUGCUAUUAGAACAAAAGUCUGACUUGUCAACAGCACAAAUGACUUAUACUUCUGCUCAAUCAUCACAGGUGGCCAUGACUAAUAAACCAACAAAAGAUAUAAACAGUAGUGUGAUUCCUAGCACUAUAGAUAAUAUACCAAUGACAUCUGAUCUCGAUACCGUUGUUCCUACUAGCAGUACUCAACCUUCUAUGCGAACUAUUCCUUUGAGUGAUUUAUCCGUGACUGCACCUUCAACUGUUAGCAAUUUAAUGGAGAGUUUUUUAAGCUUUAGUUCAGUACAACACAUAGAAUUAACACAAAGUGUGGUGAACGGAACUAACAUUUUAUCGUCAAUAUUAGAAAGGGAAAUAACUCCUUCAGAAACUUUUUCUAUAUUAACAACGCCUUCUGAUAGUAGUUUAAGAAGUAAAAUAGAACUGACGGCUUCUCAAGAGAUGAUGUCCAUAACAUCUUCACUUGUGAUAACAACACUACAAUCGAAUGUUAGUGAUUUUGAAACAAAAUCUUUACUAAGUUCCGACCUCAGAAUGUUCACAUCAACAAUGGCAGACAGCCAAUCUAGCUCACUUGAGCCAACAAGCAAAAAUAUAGAACAAACAGCUAUUCCAACAUCAUUUAUUUCAACAACACCACAAACAAACAUUAGUGCUUUUGAUACACAAUCUUUACUACCAUCAGAGUUAAGAUCAUCAACAUUAGGACUUAUCAACCAAUCCAGUACACCCGAAAUGAUGCCAAGCAGUCCUAUCAAACAUAUAUCAAGUUUUAGUAUUUUUGACAUGACAAGCACUUUUAGUUCAGAUUCAAUCUUUCAAAUACUGAAUGUAUCGGAUACCAAAUCAAGUAUGCCCACUUUUCAAACAUCAGCCUUGGUUAAUGCUUCAGGCAGCUCAACAUUCAAUAUAUUGCCAACACCAAUGGUGACUAUUAGUUCAGAUGGCUCUUUAAUGUUGAAUAUAUCUAGUAUUCAAACUUCUAAAGUUGUUGAUCUGAGUAGUGAACUUUUAAUGUUUAAUGCAACUCCUACUUUGAUUUCAAUUACGCAAACUCAAAAUUUUACAACUAAUUUAGUUCCUGAAUUAGUGUCAACAAUAUUUGGAUCAUCUCUAAGUUUGAAUCAAUCAGAAUAUAGCAUAAAUACAACUUCUGUUUCACAAAGCAUGUUUUUCCCAAUGACUUUGACAAGUGAAGCUAAUUUUUCUUCAGAAACAUUUUUAAUCUCUUCAAGUUCAUUCCCAGCCACUUUGCCAAUGAUGAAUUUUUCAAGUAGUUUAGAAUUAACAAAUUUCACAUCUGAAAUUUUGCCAAAUUCUUCCAUUAUGAUUUUAACUGCUGCAACAGAUCUUCCAACCAUUUCAUUGGAAAUGUCAAACUCUUCAGAUACACCCAUACAAAUUGCAUCAACCUUAAAUUAUAAUCUAACUACACAACCAAUGAAAACAACAGACUUCUUAAGUGACCUUAUAAUGAAUGUCACAGCGACCUAUAUUGCAUCAGACAUUUUACAAUCACUAAACCUAUCAUCUAGUGAAAUGAGGUCAGAACUCACUACAGUAUAUAUGUCCAGAAAUGAUUCAUCAGUUUCUGGAGAACUUACAAGCAUAACAAUUUUACCAAAUGCAACAUCAGAUUCAGUAUUAGAGACUUAUUUUAAUUCCACAAUAGAUUCAACAUCGCCAGUCGUUAUACAGCCAACAGUAGCGAUCAGUUCACAGUUAUCAACAUCAAUGUUAUCUGGUAAUGAGUCAGUUUCUGGAGACUUGUUCAGGACUACCAUGUAUAUGAAUUCAACAUCUGAUUUUGCGUCUUCCAUGGAGUCAACACUACCAGUCAUCAUUCAGCCAACAAUGACAAUUAGUUCUUCUAUUGUCAUGGAAACUUUUAAUACCAGUAUUAUAACAAUGCCGUCAGUGGAAACAUUAAAUAUGUCUUCAGCCAUGACCUCGACUAAUGUUGUAUUGCAAGAAUCUUCAUCUAUUGAUAUGAAAACUGACAAUAUGUCUGCCUUGAUUACACCAACAGUACCAAUAUCAUCUCUAGACUUUACAUCAUCUAAUUUUACUAUUGCUACAGUGCAACCAACAGUGCCUGUAAGUUCUGCAGAUGUAAUUUCAUCUUCACCUCUGGAAACAAAUAAUUUGACUUCAAUUUUUAUAGAAUCAUCAACUGCUACAGUAAUGGACAUUUUUACAUCAAACCUAACUACUGAUUAUCAGAUACCUUCUGUUACUUCCAAUGCUUCCCAAACUAUUGUGUUUUCUUCAGAAUUCAUUGAGAACAGUUCAGAAAAUCUGACAGGCAUUAUGUCAUCAACAACAGUAGAACCAAGUUUAACAACAACUUUUAUGCCAGUAUCAGAUAAAGUUAAUCAGACAGGCAUUAUGUUGUCAACAACAGUAGAACCAAGUUUAACAACAACUUUUAUGUCAGCAUCAGAGAUAGUAAAUCAGACAGGCAUUAUGUCGUCAACAACAGUAGAACCAGGUUUUACUACAACUUUUAUCUCAGCAUCAGAGAUAGUAAAUCAGACAGGCGUUAUGUCAACAACAGUAGAACCAAGUUUAACAACUUCUUUUAUGUCAACCUCAGAGAUAGUAAAUCAGACAGGCAUUAUGUCAUCAACAACAGUAGAACCUAGUUUAACAACAACUUUUCUGUCAGCCUCUGAGUUAGUAAAUUCUUCUUCAACAACUGUAAAACCAAGUUUAACACCUAUAUUGUCCUCUGCAUCAGAAAUGGCUCCGAAUUCUAGUGAAUAUGUAACACCAUCAUCUGCUUUUACAACAGUAUCUACAACAGACAUAAAUAAACCAGUAUCUUCAUCAACUGGUACUGUAGCAAUGUCAACAACUAUGAAAGUGGGACCAGUGAAUAGCAGUGAACCAGUAGUUACUCCUUCAACACCUCACACAAGUAGCAUUAUUGCAACAGAGGUGCCAUCUUCUACAGAAUCAUUAACAGUAAGCACCUCUCCUUCAAAGAUGAUCACGUCUGGUGUGUUAACUAGCACUGGUGUGUUUUCACAAACGCAAGUAUUAACUUCAGCAAUUCAUUCUACUUCACAUAUUCAAAUGUCUAGUUCUGUUUUUAUGACAACAGAUGCACCGACUACUGAGACGACAACAACUUCAACAACUACACAACCAACUACAACAACCACACCAACUACAACAACACCACCACCUACCACAACACCUGAUGUCAAGGCCACAUACUGGGUUAAGACAGGAAUCUUAGUUCCAGUGACAGUGGAUGUGUCCACUGUUACAUUUAAGACCAAAGUAGAGUCAGGACUUGCUAAUGCCUAUGAUCUGGCUUUCCAGAAACAAGGACAGGCUAGAAGGAGGAAAAGAUUUGUACAGAUUGGAAAGGCUGGAAUUAAUGUUACAGAUGUAUCUAGAGCACCGGGGAAAGAAGAUGUUACAUUGGGGUAUACAGUAGAUAAAGAUGGUACAACACUGCCAGCUUCAGAAGCUGUGGCAGCCACUUCCAGUAUCAGUGAUCAGAUGAUGGCAAUUAAACUAGGAUAUGAAGUUUCUUCAAAAGCAGAAACUUACAUCUCCGAGGAACCAGCUACUGAUGAUACACCAUCAAAUCUAUGGAUAGUGGGAGCUGUAGUGGGUGCCAUUGUUUUUGUUGUUAUAGUGAUUUGGAUUGUUGUGUGUAUCAUAUACUGGAAGUAUAAACGAGCUCCAACCAAGGGCAGACCUCUAGAUUCAGAAAGUGAUCCACCUCUGCUUAGGAUGAGAUCACCAACAGGAGAAGAGGAGGAUGAUGCACGGUAUGAUCAGGUGACUGGAACAGAACCCAAUGGUACAGCAGCUUACACAGUGACCUCACCAAAGAAACAGAAGUACAAGGUCAACCAGGAGGAAGAUUUGUAUGCUGAGGUUCAGAAACCAAAACAUCCCACGUCCAGUAAAUCGCCCUCUAAAACAAAAUCCGAUGUUGAAUCAAUGAAUAUGGUCACUGAAAAAACAAAGAAGAAGAAGAAAAGAAAUAGUCAGGCUGUUGCUGGUUUAGAAGAACCCGAUGAAAAUUCUCCAAAGCUAAUUAGGACAACACACCUACAGAAAUAUGAACCACAGAUUGAUGAAGAUUUAAAGGAAAGUAAGGAUGCUGAAAGAAAGAAAAAUAAACAAAGAUUAAGAGAAAAAAGGAAAAAGAGGGAAAAAGAUCAAGAGGCAAUGAAAGAAUAUUUGUCAGGACAAGAAGAAAUAGAUGCUGUGUUAGGUCACAGCACUGAUGAAAUACCAAAAGUAUUUGUACAUCAACCUAAAAAAAAAAACCGUUCAAAAGAUAAAGAAGGACAACAGAAUGAAGGGUUCGUAGAAGAUGAGUCUUUACGAGAGGCAAGACAGAGGAUGCAUCGGUUAUUAGACGAUGCUUUUGCACUCAUCUCACCUGCUGAAUCUAUAAACAAUGGUGAAGGAUCUAGGAGAAGAAAAAGACAUAGAAACAAAGUCUCACCUGAAAAUAAGACACAGACCAAACAAGGAUUUAGAGCAGAUGAUUUAAAAGCCCAAUCAGAGAAGAAACAUGAGCCAAUGUUUGUACAUACAAACCAUACACCAAUGCCAGAAACGCUGCAGACUUGGAGUCCUUACAGAGCUGCUGACCAAGUAGCACUUAUAUCUAUGCCUAAUUCUAUGCAAACAUCGUUAGGGAGAGAUUUUAACAGAAAGAGUCCUGGAAAAAGACCAGUGGCAAAUGUUAACUACAAUGGUCCAACAUUGACCACAGAACCUCCAAAACCUAUUCUUUUGAGGACUAUGGAUUUAGAUAAGAGUGGAGGACCAAAGGAACAUAGAAAAUCUGGAAAUUAUGAACCAAGUAGAUCCACAAUGCUGAAUGACAUUGGAGCAACUAAAAGCUCAAAUUUAUCUGGUCUUAAAUCUAGUCAUAUUGGUUCAAAAGAGCCUUCUCAGCAAAGUGUUGAAAUGAAAAAUCUAAAUGGCAACGUGUCUCAUUCUAAACCUCAUAGACCUCAUUCCAAAACAUCAAAAGAUAUGGAUGAGACAGAUAUUGUGACAACAAACCUUUCUCAAAAGGUAGCAACUCCUGAUCAAACAAUUCAAUCUAUCCGUGAUGAGCUACGCAGUAUUGUUAAUUCAAAUACAUCACCUUCAAAGACCAGACAUUCCAUGGCAGAUAUAUCAUAGUCUACAUUUAAGUUUUGUAAUUUGUUAUUAUUUACAGAGCGUUUGGUGAGUUUGAUACCUCCAAUUACAAUUUUCAGAAUUCAUACUGUUUAUUGGAGGGCUAAAAUAUCAUGGCUCAAUGAAGAGCAAAGGGCAGUUAUAAUUUAUCAAGGUUAAAUUUUAUGCUAAUGCCAAAGGAAUGACAAUUUUAACACUGCAACUGUGAACUAAAUUUAUAAAGCAUAUAAAAAACAGAUGUAAAGUUUUUAUUUUUAUAAUUAAACUGCCUUGCAGUUCCAAAAUUAUCCAAUGUGAUAUUUGAUUUUCUUUUGCUCCAGCUGGAUAGGAAAUUUAUGUCACUGUUAAAGGAUCAGUAGAAACUGAAUAUGGUUCUGUGAUAACUUUUUUAGCAAACGCUCUAUUUGGUCAUGUCUUAGCAAUGGAUUUCAUUAAUUUAUGUAGUAAUUGUGUUAAAAUUGCAUUGAAGUUAAAUGGUAGAAAUAUUGAAUUAACAAAAACAAAUUAUAUACUAUAAAAUAUAUAGUUCCAUUAUCAUUUAGGUAAUUGUAGUAUAAGUCAAUUACUAAACUUGCAUGUACUUCACGCUUUUAAAUUGAUUUAAAAUCGCAUGGUCACUUUAUUAUGUAGGUAACAGGUUUUAGAGGGAAAAAAACAAGCAAAAAAAAAAAAGACUCAUUAAAUGUGACUGAAAACAGAUUGGAAAAA